GAAGGUUUAUCGUGAGGGGGUCUGCAGGGUUCAGCAGCUUCACACGGGUCGAUGGUUUUCAGGUUUCUGGAGGUUUUACAAUCUGAAAGUUUCACAGUCCGGAGGUUUCGGUCCGAAGUUUGUCGUAUUUCCAGGUUUCCUGCAGCUUCUUGUACUUUUCAAGCAUCAGGAACAUGUUGGAGCUUCAGCUCGCAGUGCUGCUCGCUCUACAGGUGUUUACCUGUGCUCAGGAAGGGGGGGCCCAGGAUGACUUUAGCCUCCCGGAGCUCAGCGACGUGUGCACAGAGGGCAGCUGUUACCCAGCAACAGGAGACCUUCUGAUUGGCCGAGCCCACCAACUGUCAUCCACCUCCACCUGCGGACUGACCCGGCCCGAGCCGUUCUGCAUCGUAAGCCACCUUCAGGAGGAGAAGAAGUGUUUCUUGUGUGACUCUGCGACACUGUACAACCAGCUGAGCCAUCAGGCAAGCGGACAUCGCAUCGAGAAUGUCGUCACCACGUUUGCUCCAAACAGACUGAAGACCUGGUGGCAGUCUGAGAACGGUCUGGAGAACGUCACCAUUCAGCUGAACCUGGAGGCAGAGUUUCACUUCACACACCUCAUCAUGACCUUCAAGACGUUUCGGCCUGCUGCCAUGGUGAUUGAGCGGUCCUCUGACUUCGGGAAGACGUGGGAGGUUUAUCGUUACUUCGCCUACGACUGUGAGAGCACGUUCCCGUCUGUCUCUCAGGGUCCGAUGCAGAAGGUUGACGACGUUAUCUGUGACUCACAUUACUCCGACAUCGAGCCGUCCACUGAAGGAGAGGUGAUUUUCAGAGUCCUGGACCCGGUGUUCAGGAUCGAAGACCCCUACAGCCCCCGGAUCCAGAACAUGUUGAAGAUCACUAACCUGCGGGUGAAGUUUACCAAACUGCACACACUCGGAGACAACCUGCUGGACUCUCGUAUGGAGAUCAAGGAGAAGUAUUAUUACGCCGUAUUUGACAUGGUGGUGCGAGGAAACUGCUUCUGCUACGGACACGCCUCUGAGUGCGCCCCCAUCCAGGGCGCCGGCCAGACCAGCGAGGGCAUGGUUCACGGUCACUGCGUGUGUAACCACAACUCUAAAGGUCUGAACUGUGAACGGUGUCAGGAUUUCUACCACGACCUGCCAUGGAGACCCGCCGAGGGACGCAACACCAACGCCUGCAAGAAGUGUAACUGUAACCAGCACUCAGACUCGUGUCACUUCGACAUGGCUGUGUUCAUGGCUUCAGGAAACAUCAGUGGAGGAGUUUGUGACAACUGUCGACACAAUGCGGCCGGACACAACUGUGAGCAGUGUAAACCGUUUUACUACCAACACCCAGAGAGGGACGUCAGAGACCCCAACAUCUGCCAACCCUGUAGCUGUGACCCUGUCGGCUCUCUGAAUGGAGGAAUCUGUGACGGGAUGACAGACGUUCGAGCCGGUCUGAUCGCCGGCCAGUGUCGCUGUAAAAUUAACGUGGAUGGGGAACGCUGCGAGCGCUGCAAACAGGCGCACUACGGGCUGAGCGACAAGCCUGAAGGCUGCAAGGCGUGUACCUGCAGCUCUGUGGGAACACUUCCUGGAGGAAAUCCUUGCGACAGUGAAACAGGAAACUGCUUCUGUAAACGUCUGGUGACCGGACAAGACUGUGACCAGUGUGUGUCUGAACACUGGGGUCUCAGUAAUGACAUGGAUGGCUGCAGACCAUGUGACUGUGACCUGGGAGGAGCCCUCAACAACCAGUGCAACCAGGUGAGCGGUCAGUGCGUGUGCAGAGAUCACAUGUUUGGCCGACGCUGUGAUCAGGUUGAGUCGGGCUUCUACUUCAUUGCUCUGGAUCACUACACCUACGAGGCCGAGGACGCCAAGUUUGGACCCGGAGUGACGGUAGUCCCGAGGCCCCACCCUCUGGACCGCAGUCCCACCUGGACAGGUGUCGGCCUAGUCAACGUCCCCGAGGGAGCCUUUCUGGAGUUCUCCGUGGACAACAUCCCCCACUCCAUGGAGUACGACAUCCUUAUCCGCUACGAACCUCAGCUGCCUGACCAAUGGGAGGAGGUCCUAAUGACGGUGCUGAGGCCUGGACCAAUCAGAGCAGACAGUCGUUGUGUCAACACCGUUCCCGACGACGACCACCAGAUGACCUCACUUCAUCCCGGCUCACGACACGUGGCUCUGCCCCGACCUGUGUGUUUUGAAUCCGGUCUGAACUACACGGUGCGCCUCAGCCUGCCGCUGUACUCUCCGCUCAGCGAUGUCCAGUCUCCGUACACACUCAUCGACUCGAUCAUUUUAAUGCCUAACUGUAAGAACCUGGAGAUCUUCUCGGUGCCAGAAGGAGGGGACUCCAGCGGGAACAGCGGCUGGGAGACGUUUCAGCGUUAUCGGUGUCUGGAGAACAGUCAGAGCGUCAUCAAGUCUCAGACGACUGACAUUUGCAGAAAUUUCAUCUUCAGCAUCUCAGCCAUGUUGCACCAGGGAGCUAAAGAAUGCCAGUGUGACCCUCAGGGCUCACUCAGUACCGUGUGUGAUCCCAGCGGGGGUCAGUGUCAUUGUCGGCCCAACGUGGUGGGCAGGAACUGUGACGGGUGUGCUCCGGCAACUUUCCAGUUCGGACCCAACGGCUGCAGAGCGUGGUCGUGCGACCUCAGGGGUUCACAGAGUUUCUGCGAUCAGCUGACCGGUCAGUGUGUUUGUGUUUCGGGAGCGUACGGUCGGCAGUGUGAUCGCUGUCUGCCAGGUCACUGGGGCUUCCCCACUUGUAGACCCUGCUCCUGCAACGGGCACACCGACAACUGCGAACCUAACACCGGCCGAUGCAUCAACUGCAGGGACCAGAGCACCGGACACACCUGUGACAGGUGUCUCGAUGGUUACUAUGGUAACCCCGUCUUGGUGUCCGGUGAGCACUGUCGUCCCUGCAGGUGUCCCGACGGCCCCGGCAGCUUGAGGCAGUUUGCAGGAAGUUGUUACCGCGGUGACGACUCCCAGCACGCCAUCUGUGUCUGCAACACCGGAUACAGAAGUGCUCGCUGUGACGAGUGCUCACCUGGUUACUAUGGAAACCCUGGGGAGGCGGGGGGGCAGUGUCAGCCCUGCCAGUGCAAUAACAACAUUGACAUGUUGGACCCGGAGUCCUGCAACGGCCGGACCGGCGAGUGUCUGCGCUGCCUUUACUACAGCGAGGGCGCCGCCUGCGAGGGCUGCGGGUCCGGUUACUAUGGCAACGCCCUGCUGCAGGACUGCAGGAAGUGUGUUUGUAACCUGCUGGGAAGCGACCCCUCCAGCUGUCCGUCCUCCGCCGAAUGUCAUUGCGACCGCAACGGAGGUCAGUGCGGCUGCCUCCCCAACGUGAUCGGGCAGCACUGUGACCGCUGCUCCGCUGACACCUGGAACAUGGCGAGUGGCCACGGCUGCCAGACCUGUGACUGCGACUCCAAACACUCGUACGGGACGUCCUGCAACGAGAUCAGUGGUCAGUGUUCAUGUCGGCCCGGCUUUGGAGGAACGACCUGCAGCGAGUGUCGAGAGCUUUUCUGGGGAGACCCGGAGGUCAAAUGUCACGCAUGCGACUGCGACCCUCGCGGGAUCUCGGAGCAGCAGUGUAACAAAGGCAGCGGUCAAUGCGUCUGUGUGGACAGUGUUUCUGGCCCACGCUGUGACGUCUGCGCCCGUGGCUUCUCCGGGACCUUCCCCGACUGCCACCGCUGCCACCAGUGCUUCGCCGAGUGGGACGAUGUCAUUGGUCAACUAAACAAUCAGACGCACCGCCUCGUCAACAAGGUCAAUGCCAUCAAAAACAGCGGCGUCAGUGGACCGUACAGGAAGUCCAUCAACAGCAUGGAAAGGAGUGUCGCCGACGUCCGCGCCAUCCUGAACCAGAACCUGGCCUCGCAACCGCUGAGUGAAAUUCAGGAGCUGCUGCAACAGGCCAGUGACCUUAUGGGGACCCUGAGCCGGAUGUUGAACCACACUGAACACACUCUGGUUCAGGUGCAGGAUGAAGAUUCGGCUGCAGAAGCUAAACUGGACUCUGUGACGUCGGACGCUCAGAAACUGGAGCGGACGGUUCAGGAGCUUCUGGAUCAGGUCGAGUUCAUCAAGAACUCCGACAUCAGUGGCGCGACGGAGAGCGUCACUAAGUACUUCCUGCGGUCUCAGGUGGCUGAAGUCCGAGCAAACGCCUCCACCAUCGACACUGGCAGUGCCGUGGAAACGUCCAGCGCUCUACGGCAACUCACAGAGGACAAACUGAACCAGACCAGAGAAGAGUUCCUGAGGAGACACACUGAGCAUGCUCAGAGACUGGACGACCUCGCAGGAGAGCUGCAGACUCUGGACCAAUCAGAGCUCAGCCACAAGACGUGUGGUAGUCCGUCCUCGGGUCAGGACUCGUGCUCGUCCUCUCGCUGUGGCGGUCUGGGCUGUGUGGACUCUGAGGGUCGUCCCCGGUGUGGAGACGAAGGAUGUGACGGUGCGGUGACAACGGCCAACAGUGUCUGGAGGAAGGCUAGAGACUCUGAACAGGAAAUCCUCAGCGCCAUGGAGGAAGUGGAGAAACUCUCUAAGAUGGUGGUGGAGGCCAAAGUGAAAGCAGACGAGGCGAAGCUGAGCGCUCAGGACGUCCUGAUGAAGACCAACAGAACCAAACAGAAAGUCCAGCAGAGCAACGAGGAGCUGAGAGUACUCAUCAGACAGAUCAGAGACUUCCUCACACAGGACGCUGCAGACCUGCAGAGCAUCGAGCUGGUGGCUAACGAGGUUCUAGCCAUGCAGAUGCCCACCACGCCGGCUCAGCUGCAGAACCUUACUGACGAGAUCCGUCAGAAGGUGGGAGAACUUGGACACGUGGAGAGCAUCCUGCAGCAGAGUGCCGCCGACAUCCAGAGAGCCGAGAACCUGUUGGAGCAGGCCCGCACCACCAGUGAGAAGGCGGCCGAUGUGAAGGACUCUGCUGAGAAGGUUAAGCGAGUGCUGGAAGAAGCUCAGAGAGCUCAGACCGCUGCCAGCAGCGCCAUAGAGCAGGCCGCCUCCGACAUCCAGAACACCAACCAGCUGCUGUCCUCUGUGGAGUCGGAGACGGCAAAUGCAGAGUUGAAGCUUACUAACACCAGCCACAGGCUGCAUAGGCUGGAGCAGGACGUGACGCUGCUGAAAGACAAAGGUGUGAAUGUCACUGUGAGCACCGAAAGGACCAAUCAGGAUGCAGCAAGCAUCACAAAGAUCGCAGAAGAGGUGAAGAAGGACCUGGACUCUGAGCUGAAGGAGAAGUACGCUACAGCGGAGCAGCUUAUUGGUCAGAAGACAGGGGGCGUGGCUGAUGCAAAGAAGAGGGCGUUGUCACUGCAGCAGGAAGCCAAAGAGCUGCUGCUGAAGGCGAGCGACAAGCUGCAGCUGCUCAAAGAUUUGGAGAAGUCUUACGAAGACAAUCAGCGGACUCUGGAGGUGAAGGCGGAGCAGCUGGUAGAGCUGGAGGCCGCGGUGAAGGAGCUGCUGCAGGAAAUCAGCCACAAAGUCACCAUCUACUCCACCUGUCUGUUCUAGGGUCAAAGGUCACACAGAGAGUAAGAGUGAGCUCAAAUAAAGGAACAUGAUAUGAACAACAACAACAACACAUACUUUUAACCUGAAUCUGUUAUUUUGAAGUUAAACUUUACCCUUUUUUUACCGGCUUUGUAUCAUUGCAUUGUGGGUGAUACGAAGCAGGUUGAAAAAGACCAAAAAUGAAAGAUAUACAUACCAGAUUCUGAUUCUGGUGUUUGAAACCAAAGAUUUUUUCAUUUUUUUAUUACCACUCUGACAGAUAGGUUGGAGCCUUUUAUUUUUUGUCAACUGCAUCACACAAAAAUAAUGAACACAUCCUUCUGAGAGUUUAAAACUAAGCUCAUCAAAGUGACUGAUUUGACAAAUCAAUUUAAUUUGAUUGAAUUUAAACAGAAACAAAGAACCCUGUAUUCAAGCUACAGUAAAUGUUUGAGUUUAGAGUUACUAAAUCAAUUGACUUUAAACAAAUCAAAGUAACUGUCUGUCAUUAAACUGAGUGUUUUAAACAUGUUUACUUCCUCAUUUUGUAUUUCCUGUAACAUCUUUUUUUCCAUCUAUUUUAUGUGGCCAAAACUGUGCCAAAAUGAUUUUUAAUAAACAGCUUCCAGUUAAAUUCA